GGUCUUGAUUUCCUUGGUGAUGGUGAUCACCAGGUCCAUAACCUGCAAGUGAGCAGGUUAUUUAAUUUCUGGCAAGAACUUGAAGAUAAGCUCAUCCCGAUGUGUCCCAGAAAGGCUGAGGUUGUCAGAAGGCUGAGAUCUAAAGCACAUGAGAGAAAGGCUAAGGCUGGUUCAGAUUUCCUUCCAAGCCUAGCUUUUCAGGAUACGGUAUCAAAGGUUAAUUUGUGGACAAGUUUGGCAUUCAUUUCGGCUCCAAUUUUACUAGAUGGAGAAUAUUACAAAGACAGAAACUCAGUUUCUUAUAAGUUGUUUGUUGCCUUCAUGAUUUGCAUCAUUUUCUCUUUCACUGGGGCAUUUUGCGCUUUGCUGAUCAGAAACAAGCCCAAACUUGCAGUUCUCCGAGGAUGUUAUUUCUUGCUCUCCAUUGUUUCAAUGGCAUCAGCUUUAUCAAUACUGGGAUAUGCCUUGUUCUGGAAAGUUUAAUGUGGGUUUAAUUUGUGGCAGACUUAACACUACUGUUUUCUUAUGUGUAAUCAUUAGUCUUUUGAAACACCUUGUGAGGUGAUACAACACUACUAU